AUGCGAUGGGACACGUCAUUUGGCUAUGGACUGGGGUCUCCUGUUUCCGGGCAGGGGCCGUGGGGCGUCAGCAGGCGGACGCGGCCCUUUCGCCGGCUCUCGCCGCUGCUAUUGCCGCCGCUGACGGUGCGUGCCCCGGCUGGGCCGCGGGCCGCUGUGCCGUGCCGUGGUGAUGAGCGCGAUGAAAGUCGCGGCGCGGCGUGGGCCGGACAGCGAGAGUGGGGCACGGCUGGCGGCGGCUGCGGCCCCGCGCCACCCGCCCACCGCUCAGUCGCUGCCUGCCGCCCGCUGCCUGCGCCCAACAGCCACUCCACUGUGCGUCCGCGACAGCAACCAGUGUCCGUGUCCCGCAGUGACCGCCCGACGACUCCUCCACGAGACUGCCGACCACUCGCGUCGCGUCGAGAGAUGAGACUGAUCCUGUGCCCGUUUUCUGCAAAGUUGGGGACUCGGAACGUACCCGACAUGCGGGCCUGGGGUCUGCUGUUGCUGCUGCUACUGCUGCUGCUGCGAUCUGCGGCGACAGCGCCGGACGUCUCAGACAACGAGGCGGAGAGCUACAGCCUGGGCGCCGUCAGAGGGGGCUGCGACUGCAUGGAGUACUGGAACUGCGUCAUGAGCGGUGGGACGCCGUACAGCUACUGCGGCCUGGCGGACUCCAACGUGUGCUGCCUGGUGCCCGAGGGCGCCAAGCCAGUGUCCAGCCUGGUGCCCAGUCCCAGCAAGCCGCGCUGCGGGCAGAAGGGCGCAGACUCGGGACGCGCGGGCGUCGCGGAGCCCGCCGAGUGGCCGUGGCACGCUGCCAUCCUCGAGAAGCCAGAUGACCUCUACGUUUGCGGUGCAUCGUUACUCGACGAGAGCUGGGUCCUCACAGCGGCCCACUGCAUCGAGGAAUUCGUGCAGCGCGGGGCCGUGUCGCGGCUGAAGGUGCGCCUCGGGGAGUUCGACGUGACUGACGGCGGCGAGCCGCUGCGGCACGAGGAGCACGAGGUGGCGGGCGCGGCGCUGUACCCGGGCUUCGACAACCGCAGCCUGGCGCACGACAUCGCGCUGCUGCGGCUGCGCGCGCCCGCCCGCCGCCGGCCGCACAUCGACGUCGUCUGCGUGCCGCGCCUGCGCGCCGCCCACCCGCCGCCCGGCGCCGCCUGCGUCAUCACCGGCUGGGGCCGCCGCACCGAGGACUCUGACCACUCGGUGGUGCUGAAGGAGAUCUCCGUGCCGCUGUGGAAGAACGCGGACUGCGAGAGGAUGCUGCGGCGGCACUUCGGGCCGCGAUACUCGCUGCCAGACACCGCCAUCUGCGCAGGCGCCGAGGGCCGCGACGCCUGUGACGGUGACGGCGGCGGACCUCUGGUUUGCGAGCAGAACGGCCGCUGGUACCAGGUAGGCGUCAUCAGCUUCGGCGUGGGCUGCGGGCGCCGCAACACGCCGGGGGUGUACACGCGCGUCGCCAUGUACGAGCAGUGGAUCAUGGACACCGUGCUGCGGCACCGACACUCCGGCCGGCAGUGACGGCGGGCCUCGCGGGGGCGGAGGCGCCGUCUGCCGCGGUGACCGGCGUCGCCAGGGGGCAACGGGCCUCCGGGAUCCGGGCUGCUGACACUGCCUCAGUCGGCUGUUCGUCUCGCAGAACGAGAAGUGCCGUCCCUGAAAAUAACGCCGUCCAGAGGGAAAUAACGUGCCCGCAUCGCUCCUCAGCAGUGGCGUUAUCUCUCUCGCCUGGUUUCGACCUUGUGAUAGUAUUUUAUUUAUCUACUGAACCGCGACUUCCACGAACACUUAGAUAACGAUAAAAAUAGAUCCAUACGUGAGUAUUAUAUUACGAACCUCUACCAACGAGCGAGUGUUAACAGAUGGUGACGCGACCUUUCAAUAAUGGUGCAGAAGAACUUCUAAUGGAUCCUAGUAUUGUUUUAUAGCCUACAAACUGAUUUUAUAAUGUGCAGAAUUGGUUGCUAGUCGUAUAAUAGGUAUAAGCAAAUACCCAUUCCUGCAAACAAAUUCUCUGCAAGUGUAAAGUGUUAUGUUGUAAUUUAUUUGGAAGUCCAGUAGAGGCACACACUUGCUAAUAUCUGUCUCCAUCGUGUGAAACAUUGUUGCCAUUCUACGAGUGGUAACGCUACAGAAAGAAAUACGAAGUGCUACUUUCCAAGAGAGAUGUGGUACUUUCAAAUUUACUGCCAGAUAUUUCGCUGUAACUGUAGGUAAACAUCGUAAUCAUUUCUUCGUUAUUUGACGUGUUCCGUCGCCGUCGACUGUUUUGCAGUUCUGUUUUCUUUUUGAACCAAACUAUCAGCACGAUAUUCAUGUUACAAUUUUCACUCAGAAGUACAUGUAAAUGUUUGUUGUAGAAUUAGAUGGUAUUUCGUUUCCACAGACAUGCCGAAAAUAAUUCGAUACAUUUUUUAACGAUUACUUUUCGUGCUUUGAAAACUAAAGCAUAGCAGAGUGAAAUGCUAAAUACUUUGUCGAUCAACUUUCGCGUCUUCUGUGGAGAGUAUUGAAGGAAGAUAAGAAAGUAUUGAAUUAGACCCUUUUAAACCUUUUUCCCAAAACGAUUAAUUCAUAAACCGUUUUCGCAAAACAGUUGUUAAACAUUUUGUAGUUAAUUAUAGGUUCCAAAGCGCUAUACUAAGAAGAGAGUCUUAGUUCGUAAAAUUACAGCUAUAAUUAGCGUCAUUUCCACACAUACAGUAAGCUGAUUUUGUUGAUUAUCGUCUGUGAAUCUUGCUAUCUUGCAUAUGUUAUUUCGAUAAUAUUCUUAUCCGUUCAUUUUCCAUUUUUAUUAGGACAAAGAGUCGAAUUAAAGCCCCUGUAGCACACUGAAAAGAUAAAACGUAAAUUUCACAAUAUUUUUUAUAACUUUCUUUACGAAAAACUAUUGCACAUAUGGUGCAAGAAAAUUCCGUUAGCAAACUAAAAACAAAGUUAGUCAUUCGUAAGGAAUUCGUAUUCGUAAUCAGCCACUUUUGCGAUUUCAAAUAGAUUUAAGUUUUUGAAAAGUAGAUCAUUAUACGUAACAUCUACCAUGUAAUCUAGCACACAACUUUCGAGCAAUAGAUCAGCGAGACUGACAUUUCUCAAAUUAUUCCAAACCAUUCUCAGUGAUGUCUUUUCUUCACUGUAAAACCUGAAUGGAUCCGGCUGUACUUCAUUCACUCUUCUGAUUUAUGGUGACGAAUAAAAUUCACUUAGGUUGAUAUAGAUUCCUCUAACGGGCGCAACAACUUUUCUUAAUUAUUAUCAGGAUUUGUAAUUACAUGGAGUUAGAACUAUAAAAAUUUUUGAACUCCUAUAUCUCCAUUUCAUUAGUUUUCUUCUGUUACAUUAAAAGUUGGUUUUCCUCUGGGAGGCAAUCGAUAAAUGUUUUCUUAUCGAAAAACUUUGUUUCAUUCUAAGCAGUCUGACGCGCAUUCAUUACUUUAUUAUAGAAUUAUAAAAUGCUAAAUGUUAAAUGUUGUCUUCUUGAUUAUGCAUCUAAGAAUCCUAUUUUUAGCAACAAGUUUUUAUUUAAAUCGUAGUGUUGAGAAUCACAGAACACAAUAGGAAUCUCAAGGUCUAACUAAUAUGUGAACAAUUUUGUAUCCCAAAAUACACCAUGCAUUAUAUCCGUUCGUUGAAUUUUUUACAACUCCAAACUCUCAAGCAAUAUAGUUAUGGUCUCUGAAACACCUUCUGAAGUUGCUGACCGAUACAAGAAAACCACGGUAUUGGUAGCUCAUUAAGUUCGUUACAAGUUUUUUACACUGUUAUCCUAUGAGCAUCAGAUCCGUCAGUAUCCUUCACACUUACACGUACAGUAAAUUGAUUUUGUUGAUUUUCGUCUGUGAAUCUUAUUACCUUGCAUGUGUUAUUUCAGAAAUAUUCUUAUCCGUUCAUUUGCCAUUUUUCGUGGAAAACUGCUCAGAUCCGCCCACCCUAAACGUUUUUUAUGAUUUUCAAGUAGAAGAAAUAGUGAGUGUGGUCGUUUUUUAUACCACUCUGGCCACAAAUGGUGUACAUUUUUGAAAGGAAUAAAUUAUUUAUAAUUAUUGGAGUACUUAUGAAGAGAUGGUAAAGCCUAAGUGUAUCCCGUUGUUGCAGUAUCAAUGACGUAAACAAACUCCGCUCUUCUGACACUAGACACCAUUUGUCACCGAUUACUGUGUAUCGGUGCAAAAGCUGAAAUAGGUUUGUGGCAGAUGCUAAUUUAAUAGUUUAUUACGACAAAUGCUAAAUGAGUCUUAAAACUGUAGGAUUCUACUUUAAUUUAUAUGAAAUGUGUUAUUUGUAAAAGUAAAUGUACAGAAAAUUACACUGUAUAAUUAUGGAA